GCUAUUUAAAUGCCAACAGUCUUACUGUCAAAACAGCCUACAACAACAUGAUGGACCUGUUUGAGACCAACACUUAUUUUUUCAACGAUUUACGUUAUCUCGAGGCGGACCAUGGGACCUUGGACAUGCCUGCAGUGUCCCCGCUCUACGACGGGAACGACAGCCCUCUGUCUCCGGGACAGGAUCCGGUCCCGUCCGAGACGGGGUGCGAGAGCAGCGGGGAGGAACACGUCCUCGCGCCCCCGGGGCUGCAGCCUCACUGCGAGGGUCAGUGUCUUAUGUGGGCUUGUAAGAUCUGUAAAAGAAAAUCCGCGCCGACCGACCGCCGAAAGGCCGCCACUCUGAGAGAAAGGAGGCGGCUUAAAAAGAUCAACGAAGCGUUUGAAGCGUUAAAGAAAAAGACGGUGCCCAAUCCGAACCAGAGGCUGCCCAAAGUGGAGAUUUUACGCAGCGCGAUAAACUACAUCGAGAAACUUCAGGACCUGUUGCACACGCUGGACGAGCAAGAGCAGAACUCUAACAGUGAUCCUUACACGUACAGCGCGAAAGAAAAUCACGUGGCUCCCAAUGAGUAUCACUGGAAAAAGACCUGCCAAAACUGGCAGGGGAUUCCAGAUCAUUCCAACUCCCAUAUGACCGGUCACCGAGAAGAAACCUCGGUGGAGUCUUCAACGUCCAGCAGCCUUCGUCGCCUCUCCUCGAUCGUUGACAGCAUUUCCACUGAAGAGACGAAAGCUCGCUGUCCCGACCAGAUCACCGAAAAGUGAAACUCGAGCAUCCACCUCACAUUUCCUACGUGUACUUAUUUCCAUGAGCUGGUGUGAAUGUUCUAAACGUAACAGGCAACACUUGCGAUAACUUUUUACGCAGUCAGCGUUAAAUAACCCAGGUCACGUUCAAUUAGAAAAAAUCAUAUGCGUGAAAACACGUUUCUAUCGACAUUUCUGUAUCUUCGUAGCAUUUCUUGGCUUUCCGAAUGUAGCUGUGAUUUGAUCUGUUAUGAGCACUGUGUAAUUAAUUGUGACCCUGGAGCGCAAAACCAGUCAGAAGCAGCACAGGUAUGUUUGUAGACAUCUUUUGCACUCUCUAAAUUUGCACAUUUUUAAAUAGCUGUACAUUGUCCUAUCCCGACAAACCAAUUCAAAUACAUUUUCGGCUUUCAGAUGAUGCCUCAAUCUCAAAAAAAUGACACUCAUGACUGAUGUUAUGCUCCAGGAUCACAAAUAAUGUAUUUAUUAUGUAUUAUGAAGUGUUCCCGUGUAAUAUUUAGUUGUUGUUUUCUUUCUUUCUCUUCAUAAAUGACCAUUCAGUGUAGUUGCUGCAGCUAAUUCCAGGUUGAUUUCAGGGUCAUUAACAUCAGCAAAAUGAUUCGUGCCAAUUUAUGUAGUCUUUCUAAAAAUGUACAUAUUUUGUAAUAUAUAUUGCUGUUACUUAAAUUAUUUUCUAAAUUAACAAGAAAAAAACGAAGCACUUGAUCACUACAGGAUAUCUUUCCAACAUUAAACACGAAAAACAUCGAACAUGUA